UGCUUUGGGGCUCUUGCACCACAUGUUCUCUUUGAGGAGCACCUCGCUGGCUUGGUCUUGGAGGUGCUGGCUCUUUACCACAAGGGGAGAUGACCCUUGGAUGGAGAGGUGAUGAUGAUGAUAGCCAGAAAGAAGAGCUGUUUUACAAUGAGGGUGAUGAGAUGCUGGAUGAGGUUGCCUAGAGGAGUUGUGGAUGCCCCAUCUUCAAGGUCAGGUUGGGAUCCGGUCCCAACUUGGGGACAGGACUAGGAGCAACCUGAUCUGGUGGAAAUGUCCUUGUCCAAGGAAGGGGCUGGGGCUGGAUGGUCUUUGAAAAGGCCCGUCCAACCCAAACCCUUUCAUGAGUCUGGGGACAGGGCUUUGAGGAAUCUCAAGGAGGUUGGACUAGGUGAUCUUCGAAGGUCCCCUCAACGCAAGCCAGUGUGUGAUGAUCUAACAGAGUAUGGUUUCUAGGUUGGGAGCUGGUGGAGGAUGGACUACCCGACAUCCAAUUAUACCUACAAUUUCUCCAACUGGGAUGACUACUCCAGCUUUGACUUUGAUGGCUACGAAGUGCCCCACAGCUACCGUGCCAUCCUGGCGCUCUACGCUCUCAUCUUCCUUCUGGGCAUCCUGGGCAACGGGGCCGUCAUCUGGGUGACCAGCUUUGAGCUGCGGCGCACAGUCAAUGGCGUCUGGUUCCUCAACCUCUCCAUAGCCGACCUCCUCUGUUGCCUGGCCCUGCCCUUCCUGGCCCUACCGCUGGCCCGUGACCACCACUGGCCAUUGGGUAGCUUCGCCUGCAAGGUGGUGCCCUCUCUCACGAUCCUCAACAUGUUUGCCAGUGUCCUCCUCCUGAUGGCCAUCAGCAUUGACCGUUGCAUGUUGGUGACACAGCCGGUGUGGUGCCAAAACCACAGGACCCUGGGGCUGGCCCGGGGGGCUUGUGUGGCCGCCUGGUUCCUGGCCAUGCUCCUCACUCUUCCCUCCUUCAUCUUCCGUACCACCCGCUUUGAUGGCUUCUCGGACAAGAUCACCUGCGUCAUGGACUAUCAGGCCGUGGGGCACCACCAGCACCUCACUGAACUCGUCACCUUCAUCACCCGCUUCCUCUGCGGCUUCCUGAUUCCCUUCGUGGUGAUCACGGCUUGUUACAGCCUGCUCCUGGCCCGCAUCCACAGCAGGGGUUUUGCUCGCUCCCAGAAAGCCAUCAAGCUCAUCUUGGUGGUCAUCAUCAGCUUCUUCGUCUGCUGGUUGCCCUACCACGUGGUGGGCUUGGUCAUAGCCUCCACCCACCCCUACAGCACAGUGUUCAAGGGUGCCCGGGAAGCUGACCCCAUCGUGACAGGCAUUGCCUACAUCAACAGCUGCAUCAACCCCAUCAUCUACGUUGUCAUGGGCCAGGACUUCAAGGACAAGUUCCAGAAGUCCUGGAAGGCUGUGCUGCGGGGUGUGCUGAGUGAUGACCCCAGCAGCACCAUGGGGGACAGCAAGAUGAAGACCAAGUCUACUGCGGACAACCAAAGUGUCAGCACCAUUGUGUGACCAGGAGCAUGGUAGCUCUGGGGCUGGAACAUAGCUUGUUUAUUUUUCUCAGGGCCACCACCUUCUCCUCUUCUUCUGAAGAUCCUGCUGGGCCACCACCUUCUCCUGGGGAUCCUGCUGGGUUCCAUAGAGAGAAGAUACCUCCAUUGCUCCACCUAAACCUGGGGACCUCCUGGCUCCCGUGGUGGCCUCUCAGCACGGAAAAGACUUUCUCCUUGCACCCAGUACCACAUUCUUCUGCUUCUCCAGCCCAAACGUGGACCCUCUUCCCAGCUCCUCUUUCUCAGCCCAAUAAAAGCCACCUCCCAGCCCUACAUUUCUACCACCCAGUGAGGUUCAAGCCAACCCCCUCUCCAUCACCCCAAAAACUCAAGUCCACCCCACUGAUGGGGGUCCUUCACCCUCCCCCUGGGCUUCACCAUAGCCCUGUCCACAGUCGCCAAUAAAUAUUGAAGCUCCUCAAAUCUUGAGCAAGAGCUCAGGUC